GCGAGGAGGGCUAGCGAUGCCAGUCCCAGCCGGCAGGACCUUUCGGAGCCGAGGGCGGGUAGGGCGGGCCAGCCGGCUCAGCUUCCCAGGGACUGCAGCCUGCGGCAGUCGACGACAAUCCACCUCGUCUGGCAUAUAUGGCAGCCCAGUCUAUGGAAUAUUACCAUCGCGUGAUUUCCAAUUAUAGCGACCCCGAUGGCGAUUCAAGAAACGGCCGUCUCAAUAAUAUCUGUCAUGGGCGCCUCGGCGGAGUCUCGAGCUGGCGCUGGCAGCUGCCCAGAGCAUGGGCACGUGCUCUCCUCAUCACCCACCAAGGAUCGCUGAUCGUGCAUCGUGCAGCCAUGCGCAACCACGCAACCACUGUCAACGACCCAGCCCCAGCCGCAGGCUAGAACAUCGCCAUCCUGCCGCCCGCACGACCACGGCGUUUGUCGCGUCUGCGUACAUAUGCGCGGGCUGGGCUGCAGCCGACCGAACGGUGGGAAGAGGCGACCGACAAUGGACUUGGUGCACUUGGCCGUACGUGAUUGACAUGCGAAGCGGGCUUGGGAGGCUGGGCCUGUGGGCAUCGAGUCGGACAGAGAUUGCCACGGCCUGCCUUCGCCCUCGCUCGGGUGCAGCGUCGGGUCAAUGUCAAACGGACAAGAAAGCAUUGGCAAAGCUUACCCACGUGGGCGGCCAGAGCCAUCUUAUAGGCGAGCGCUGCCCACGUCGCCAAGUCUCGCCCAGAGCCUCGAGCAGGACACCAUCCCGGAAUCAUAUAAACCUCCACCACAAGGCCUCUUGGCUUCCAAGCCCAGCCCAGCCUGCUGGAUCUGCCAAGUCGACACAUUUCUCUAAACUUCGACCUCGACCCUGACCAGACAACCCAAUUGAGGACACCGAGAGCUUGCCACGCCCGGCCUUGGCUAGCCACCAAGCCUCGACGCGGUCCCUUCCGCUAGGGGUGUGCACCGUGUGCCUCUCCUGCCGCCCGUGGUGUCCAAGCUCCUAGCUCCUAGUGGGCAGCACGACCCAGCGGAUAUGGACGCCAAAGUGGGCAAAAACGCCCAUCAGACUUUCCAUCCUCGAGGGACAACGGCCUUCCAUGGGAUGGCAUGGUAGCUUGUGGGGUCCAGGCGACACCCGGGUCUUGGGCGAGCACGUGUGCCCUCUCCUGCCCUCCCAGCGGCGGUGGAGGGCGAGGACGACGCUGGCAGGGCCAGUAUAUAAUAUCUUGACUCUCGCCCACCCUCGACAUGUGCCAACGCUCGGAUUCCUGGAUUCAGCGUCAACCCCAAGACUUUUUUUCUAGGCUUGCAUCUUGUCAUCAGCCGCCAAAAUGCUUGACCAGUAUACUUACGUCUUUGUGAUCGGCACGCUCUUUGCGAUGCUCGAUGCCUUCAACAAUGGCGCAAACGAUGUCGCAAACGCCUGGGCAACCAGCGUGUCGUCGAGGUCCAUCUCGUACAGGCAGGCCAUGAUCUUCGGUACCAUCUUCGAAAUGCUGGGGGCCAUCACCGUCGGUGCCCGGACAGCAGACACCAUCAAGAACGGAAUCAUCCCCACCUCUGCCUUCCGGGAUAACGCCGGGGUUCAGAUGCUCGCUUUCACAUGCGCCCUCGCCGCCGCCUCGUCGUGGGUCAUGUGGUGCACAAAGCACUCUGCUCACGUCUCAUCCACCUACUCCCUCAUCUCCGCCGUCGCUGGUGUUGGUGUCGCGACUGUCGGUGCUUCAGAGGUCCAGUGGGGAUGGAAUGGGGGCAAGGGCUUGGGUGCCAUCUUUGCAGGUCUCGGCAUGGCACCGGCCAUCUCUGCCGGCUUCGGCGCCACCAUCUUCAUGCUCAUCAAGCUGGUCGUGCACAUGCGCAAGAACCCGGUCCCCUGGGCCGUCUGGACCUCGCCCUUCUUCUUCCUCAUCGCCGGCACCAUCUGCACGCUCUCCAUUGUCUACAAGGGCUCCCCCAACCUAGGCCUCAACAAGAAGCCCGACUGGUAUGUCGCCUCGGUCACCAUGGGUACCGGUUUCGGAGUCGCUCUGCUGGCGGCUCUCAUCUUCGUCCCAUAUGUCCACGCCAAGAUCAUCAAGAGGGAUGCCUCGGUCAAGUGGUACCACUGCCUUCAGGGUCCUCUGCUCUUCCGCCGUCCGGCCGUCGCCGAGGCCGAGCGCGCAGUCGUGCCCAAUUACGCAGUCGUCCAAGAGGACGAGGACGAAACCGACGCCGCUCACACCGCUCCUGGAUCCGUCAGCGGUACCUCGACUCCCACUGAGAAGCAGGCAGACCAGGAGAAGGCCGUCGUCGCCUCCGAGACCAAGCAGCUCACCUACAAGGAGCUACAGGAACAGGGCGACGCCAGGCUGCGCGCAAAGCUGCUCAAGAAGCGCGGGCCGCUGGGCUGGGCCAUGCGCACGCUGCGCGACAACCCCAUGGGCGCAGGCCAGAUCUACGAGCUGCACAACAUGAAGAUGCUCGUGAAGCGCAUCCCCGCCAUGAUCACCGUCGGUCUGCUGUACGGUCUGCACUACGACAUCCAUGCCGCGCAGAGCGGCCACGCCGGCACCCCGGAGGGAGCUCGCAUGGAGCGUGUCUACGCCAACGCCGAGAAAUACCCCAACGAGGUCGAGCACACGUACUCUUUUGUGCAGAUCCUGACGGCCUGCACUGCCUCAUUCGCCCACGGCGCCAACGACAUCGGCAACUCGGUCGGCCCCUGGGCUGUCAUCUACUCAGCCUGGUCGACGGGCGAGGCUGCCGCCUCCAAGGCGCCUGUCCCGAUCUGGCAGCUUGCUGUCCUGUCUGCUACCAUUUCCCUUGGUCUCAUCACAUAUGGUUACAACAUCAUGAAGGUCAUGGGUAACAAGAUCACAUACCACUCCCCCAGCCGUGGCUGCUCCAUGGAGAUGGGUGCUGCCGUCACCGUCCUGGUCUUCUCGCAGUUCUCCCUCCCCGUUUCCACGUCCAUGUGCAUCACCGGUGCCACCGUUGGUGUCGGUCUGUGCAACGGCACGCUCAAGGCCGUCAACUUCCAGCGUGUCGGCCUGCUCGUCAUCGCAUGGAUCGCCACCAUCCCCAUUGCCGGCACACUGGGCGGCGUUCUCAUGGGUCUUUUCCUUAACGCACCUCAUUUUUUGGAGGGCUAAGGCAAACCCCCGGCAGGGGUUGAUUCUCUUUUGGGCAUCUGCUUUACUUUCUGUUUUUGUUUGGGAACUUGGGACGGUACCGGAAAAUACUUUUACAUUUACAUGAGCAAGUCAAGCGAUUGGGCAUCUCCUAGACCCUUUUUAGAGAUCUUGUUGGCGACGCAUACCCUUAUAGGACAUCAUGACCAUUAUGCAUCAUUCGUUGACCAAGUCUUCAUUGUUGUUCCGACUGCGUGACUGUGCCUGUUGGUAUUCAAAAUGUAACGUACCCGGCCCACAUUCCGACCACCCCCCGAUAUCAAGUGACACCUUGUAGCUACUCACUCAUUGAGGCUGGGUAACAGAAGCUACCUAGAAACAGUAACAUCAUGGAUGUCAUCAGAGAAUGAUUUGACUAAAUUUUCCUUAACUCGUUUAGGCAGUCCGGUGGUUGACCACCUGGGCAGUACCUGUGAGAAGCCACUCUCGACUAGUCCAGGCAAGGAGCCUCGCUGCUGCCACUGCCACUCUAACACAAGACGUUGGGCGGCUUCCUGCACUCGCCAGCGCGGUGGUUAUUAUCUCGAACCUUGAACUCGGCACCGUCGUCCGAGUCCUCACUCAGAUUGUCAGUGUCAACACUGCUGAAUUCGCUGUCUGACGCAGCGUUCUUGUCCUUGUUCUGUUCAUCACUCCUAGUCUUUGGCUCGGCUCGGGCUUGGGCUCAGGAAAGGCCCGAGCUCGAACGUCAUUCAUCUUGCGGAGUGCAUAUUGGCGGCUGCUCUUGCGGUUGGUGGCGAUCACGAAGCAGCAGGCACCCUUGUAAUUGCCAGAUCACCUGCUCGUAGAUGGCACAUGUUCGGCGCUUGUAUGGUACUCUUCAUCCAAGCUCAGGUUUUCCGAGAUUGGCACCUUUGAGAACAUGAUCAAAAUCAGUGGGGGACUCUUGGGAAGACAUGAGAAAAUUCUAGGCAAGACUUGUUUUCAUAAACCUUGAUAGUCGCCCUUGGAAAAACCUCUGUUGGCGUCCUUCAUGUUCUCUAUGAUGCCGUGUGUACCUGUGGAAUCCAAAUACAAAGAGGCUGGUGAACUUCGCCUCAUCUGCGGGCACCAGUGCUAGCCCUGGCAGGUUUGGAACACGCCGUAAAUUUUGCUUGCCAUUGCGAGGGCCACCUUUGCAAAAUCAGGGAACGGGCCACAGGUCGCUCGGCUCUAGGGCCUCCGCCGAUUCUGGCGUUCUUGAUUCGCGCGAUGAAGAUUCCAAAAUCAUCAAGCUUACUAGCCAGGUCUUUAAGCGUUUACCACUGUGUGAAGGGGCCGCCUACGCCUACGGAUGUGUAAGGCCUAAGAGCGAGACCACUCAAACCACGCUCAAAGGGCCGCUCCAUGCGACGAAUUAUGCUGGAGCGUCGCCCGCGGCCGCGUCCCAGAAACUCUCGGUUCUGUUCAGGUGGACUCGAGAGGGCAAUGUGUUCACCAUGAUCUCGGUACAUCUCCACGAGGCACGUUCAAGGCUGAGAGUGCCAGGUACGGUACAUGCCUGCGCUGUAGUAGGCUUCCCGGCCCAGCAGCAGUUCGACAGUGCGUUUCCAUCAGGCUGUGUCAAAAGCUCAAUCUGGUGGAGUCUUCUGAGUACACCUUGUGUUGGAUUGGCCAGAGGGUGCAUGUAGGAUGUCUCUGGCCAGUGUGUCUUUCAUGCAAGCUUCUCGUUGUGCGGCGUUCAUCAGUGGAGUGGAGCUUUACUUUUCUUCAGUUUAAUUUUCUCCAACACUGGCAUUGUCGUAGGUCAAUGACAAAUCGGCAAGCUUAUGCUUGUCUUCUGUAUUCAGACACCAUGGCCAUCCUGUACCGUAUCUCGUGGAGCGUUCUACCCGUUGCCAUCGACAUGAUCUGAGUCGAUGAUUAUCUUGACAAUAAUUUGUUUGCCACGGACACGACGGAAAUGGACCAGGGGAAAGUGCAGCCUUAGGGGGGUUUGACCCUUGGCACUGGUCGAUGUGGGGGGAAUACAUCAUGUCUUGAUACCGCACAAUCUUUCUCGAUGCCGUACAGCAUCAGUCGAUACCGUUCAUAUUGGCGGCGGGAUUCAUUUGCAUAGUACCAGCCUAGCACCCGACGAGGAAGGUCAUCCAAAGCGUCAAAGAGAUCGUCUAGACCCCAAAGAGGUGCAGGAGGUGAGUCGGGCCUCAUGUCGUUGAAUAAUAGGUGGGAUAUGGUGCGUUGAACCACGGUAUAAACGUCUGCCCCGUAAUCUGGAGGGAGGACCGCCUCGCUG